AUGAGGAUGCAGCAGCUACAAUUGCCAUUGCCAGAGCCAUCACCGCCAUUGUCCGUGCAGCCCGGGGCAGCCAAGGAGUCCGCUCUGACCUACGGCGGGAGUACCGCCAUGGGCACGCUGGCCAUUCAAUUUGCCAAACUAUACGGAUACAAGGUGAUCACUACCUGUUCGCCGCACAAUUUGGCGCUCGUGCGAGCACGCGGCGCGGACCAUGUCGUCCACCACUCGCCGACUCUGGCACAAGUCAUUCGGGCCUUGACGGGCAAUCAACUUUGCCUGGUGCUCGACUGCAUCACGACGGGUGAGGUGAUCCUCAAAUUCUGCGAGGCGCUGGCCCCACCGUCGCCGGGGCGUCGGCUUCGAUACUGCGGGUCGUUCACCGUCGGGGCGUUGCCGCGAGCCGAUGCCGAAGCGGGCUUCACCAUGGCUUACUCGGCUCUGGGUGAGUCUUUCCAGAAGUGGGACAACUACUACCCAGGGAGCAUCGAGGACGCAGGAGGUGGGCGAGGGCGGAUUAGACGGCGUUUUGAAGGGACUGGAUCUUUUACGAAGCGGGAUGUCGGUGGCGUCAAACUCGUAUAUACGCUAUAG